UACGCGUGCAUUAGUGGUGUUCCCGUGGCCUCGCACCGCGUUCUCGUUCGCGGGUGUGCGUGCUCCGUUUCGUGAAAGAGAGGAGGACGAGUCUCGCGGUCUGCGGCCAGAAGACGCGCCAUCGGGCAUCGGCCGGGCGGCGGGGAAGCGUGAGACGCGAAAUAAGUGCGAGCCGGGGGAGCAGUCAUGCGGCGGAAUGUCAAGAUCGCGUUGCUCCUGUCAUGCGCGUGGAUGUUCGCCUUUGUUUACUAUUACCACACGUCCAGGGACACCAAGCAGAACGAAAACAGAGCCUUACGGCUGAAAGAGCCCGCGUCCCUGGGGCUUUCCGCCAGCGGAAAUUCCGGCGGGUACAUGGAUCCAGACGGCACGGCCAUUGUAAUGUCAUCCGAGCUUCUGCCAGCGCCGACUCCGGAUCCGAGAGUGACGUGGAAUUACUUUGACGAACAGGGGUACGUUUCAAGAGGUGGUCUACGUGCAGGCGAGGACCCAUACGCGAGGAAUAAAUUCAAUCAGGAAGCUUCCGACGGUCUUCCGAGCAAUCGUGACAUCCCCGAUACUCGUAGUGCCAUGUGUAGGAUGAAACAAUGGAGACAGGAUUUGCCACCGACUUCCGUUAUAAUUACUUUCCACAAUGAGGCACGGUCUACGCUACUCAGAACUGUCGUCAGUGUUCUGAACAGAAGUCCCGAACAUCUAAUCAAGGAAAUUAUUUUGGUGGACGAUUUUAGCGACCAUCCCGAGGACGGCGAGGAGUUAUCGCGAAUCCACAAAGUUCGUGUGAUCAGAAACGAGAAGAGAGAGGGCCUAAUGAGAUCGCGUGUCCGCGGCGCGGAUGCAGCUACCGCGAGUGUGCUAACGUUUUUAGAUUCGCACUGCGAGUGCAACGCCGACUGGCUCGAACCACUCUUGGAAAGGGUAGCCGAGGAUCCGUCGAGAGUGGUGUGUCCUGUGAUCGAUGUAAUCAGUAUGGAUACUUUUCAAUAUAUCGGAGCUUCCGCCGAUCUCCGAGGUGGUUUCGAUUGGAGUUUGGUCUUUAAAUGGGAAUAUCUCAGCCAGGCGGAACGACAAGCGAGACAAAAGGAUCCGACACAAGCCAUUAGGACCCCUAUGAUUGCUGGCGGACUGUUUGUCAUCAACAAAGCGUAUUUCGAGAAACUCGGCAAAUACGAUACUCAGAUGGAUGUUUGGGGCGGCGAAAAUCUCGAAAUAUCGUUUCGCGUGUGGCAAUGCGGUGGCAGCUUGGAGAUUAUCCCGUGCUCACGUGUGGGCCAUGUAUUUCGCAAACGUCAUCCUUACUCGUUCCCCGGAGGCAGCGGAAACGUGUUUGCUCGAAACACGAGGCGCGCCGCCGAAGUAUGGAUGGACGACUACAAACAGUUCUACUACAAUGCCGUGCCGUUAGCACGAAACAUCCCUUAUGGAAACAUCCAAGAUAGGAUGGAGCUAAAACGGAGAUUGCAUUGCAAGCCUUUCAGUUGGUAUUUGAAGAACGUAUACCCCGAAUUAGUCAUACCCACGAGCGAGGGUGGUCCAGGAGGAUCUCUGAAGCAGGGCACCGCCUGCUUGGACAGCAUGGGCCAUCUUCUCGACGGAAACGUCGGUCUCUAUCCUUGUCACGACACUGGUGGUAACCAGGAAUGGGGCCUCACGAAGGACGGCCUGAUCAAGCAUCACGAUCUUUGCCUGACCCUGCCAGUAUACGCCAAAGGUACUACGCUGCUGAUGCAGAUCUGCGACGGCAGCGAGAAUCAGAAGUGGCGGCACUUGGAGGGUGGCCUGAUACGGCACACCAGAAUCCCCGUGUGCGUGGACUCGCGAUAUCACGCGCAGCGCGGCAUCACGGCGGAGAAGUGCGACUCGAGUGCGGAGACGCAGAGGUGGCAUCUCUACAACCACAAUCACUAGCUGAUAUGGUUGCGGUGAACACGCCAUUCACCCGCGGAUGACUCUUUCUUAUCGCUACGCGCCACGACGUGAUCACCGUAUAACAAGGCCGAUCGCGUCAGAGGUGCGUUACUUAAUUAGGGACUGGCUGUCUACGCGCGACCGGAUCGAUCGAUUCGAGCGUGGACCGACGUUAUCUUCGUGACCGUGGCUCUUCACGAUCUCCUAUCACGAUAUCGAUGAAGAACCUCAUUUUGUACUACGCUGACUUGCGAGUUCGCGAGUUCCCGAUGUAGCCUGUCUUAUAAAGAAUCGGAUGAUGAUAUAUCUGGUUAAAAGAAAUCUAAUGAAUUCUCUCUAAUGAUAUUACGAAAAGUGUUACACGCAUCUCACACUAAAACGGAAUAAUAUCGCAAAAGAAAGUGAAAAAUGUUUUAAGACUGCUUAGCGUUUGUGACUCUGAAUCAAACAAACUUCAGUUUCUAUAUCCUUAAGAAUUCCAUUACUUCCGAUCGUUUUCUUAGGCACUAGAUCAUCCUACUUUUACAAUGACAAAAGAUUAACCUGAUGGGUUGACAUCUCGCAAUCGAUGUGAUAAGUGUAAAAUUAUUUAUAAUAAAAUAUAUAAAAAUUAUAGAAGCGUGUGUAUGAGCCAGCGAUGCAAGUGGAAGUUGUAUACUGAUUUAGUACUGCGAUCUGAUUAUGCACGCUGAUUAUAUUUCAAAAUAUCGAAUCCACAAAUAGCGAUACUUCAUACAACUGAUGAUGCAAUUGAUUCAAACAAGUAAAAAUCAUAUUGUUGAAAGCCAUUCUUAACACUUAAUACUUAAUUACUACUUUUAGCUUCAAAGAAAUCCAUAGGGCACGAAAAUCUCUAGUUUUCGAGGUUUAUGAUGUUAUUGAAAAAUUGAGGUUGUGUAUUAACAAAGAAAUAAUUGCGACGAAAUAUCCAUGUACUUUAUAAUUACCAGACUUAUUCCUCCGAGAGAUGUAUUAUUUAAAGGAUUUAAAGAAGUUUUAUAAAAUAUGUUGCAUGCGAGCGACUAACUCUUCAAUUCACAAUGUUGUCUCAAAAUUAUACAUAUACAAGAUAUAACCAUAAACACUUAUACAGAAUUUUUUUUGAAACUUUCAUUAAUAAAAUUUAUAUAAAAUUCAAUUUAUAUGAAUUUAAACUGACAUUGGAAAUUGAAGAGUCAGAUUGAAACCAAAUCUAUGCGGUAAUAAUGCUUUUAAUGGAACAUAACUAAUCAAACUUAAUCAUUGCUAACAGAUUGAUAAAGAAAUAAUACAAAGUUGAAUUAUUCUUUUUCUUUUUUUGUGCAAUUAAAAAGUUGACAAAACGAAGAAAUUGAUUAGAAGUCCGGGAAUUAUAAUUAUGGCAGUUAAUCGGUUUUACGGCGUAACCUUAGCUGACGAUGCGUUUAUUUACGUAUGUUUCUAGUAAAUCCAUAAAAAAAUAUUUAAUGAAGGCGAUAUCGAGUCAUUUUUUAAAACGGGUAACGUACGUGCUUGAGUGUCCAAUUGCGACGGGCAACUUAUCUUUUUUUAUGUAUUUAUUUACGUGUGAUUUUUUUAAAUAAAUACGCCAAAGCUUUUACACUUGGCACUAUUUGUUUAAAGUAAUCGAUAGUUUUAUCACAAAUACCAUUUUGAGAUUACGCUUUUAUGCAAACAACUGCGGAGAAGCUUUUCGCUGUUUAUUCGAGAUAAGAACGUACGCAGAAUCUUUUAUAAUUAUAUUAUGUUAUCACAAUGUACACUGACCGGCAGAAAUGCCCGGACAUUUUGAUAUGUAUAUGACAUAUAUGCACAUGUAUAAUAUGUAUUAUGUCCAGGCAUUCUUGCCGGUAGAGUGUACAUCACGUAAUUUAAAUAUUCAAUUUUCAAUGAAGUAUGUAUAAUUUCCACAUCAUUUUAGGAAAUUUGAAAGACGCUCUGCACUUUGUAUACUGAAAUAUAGACGCAAGAAGCUUAUCAGCGACUCUGAAAUCGCUAUUUUUACCGGGCCCAAAAUCAUACUAGAUUCGUACAAUGCGUAUUCUUUUUAUCUGGUCUUAGUAUAUGCGGCGCAUCCAGAUCCGCGGACAUUUUUCUCUCCAAUCAAAGAACAAAUCGCGGAGAACAAUAUGCGUUCCCUUCAAAAGCAUGCACUACGAUUUGCAGAAAAGAAAUUUAUUUUUGUAACUAAUUGUAUACUUACUUGGUUGUGCGAAUAAACGAAAAGCGCAGGGUGUAUGAGCAUACUUAACAUAUUGUAGCUUGGUAAUAACAUUCCAAAAAAUUUGCAUUUCUACUUUUCGAAAACAAGUAUUACUUCUCUCAAGUUUUUCAAUUUCUUUUUAGCUUUUCCCGUUAGAACGUUGUAACGCUUAUUUUAAUAAUGGCCAUUAUAUAUAUAUAUAUAUAUAAGAAGUUCGAUUUCCGUAAAAACUAAAUUAUGUGAAAAUAAGAAUUCUCAAGAGCGUCAAACCAAAUCGAAAAUAAAACGGCAGCGCCGUGUGGAUUCAUUACUCGCCUACAACGUGUUAAGUGAAAAUCAAGAUAGCUAACGCAGCUAAAUAUAGCAAUACAUAUUAGCAGACGCGAUCUUUUGUACACUUAUACUUUCCGAUGAUAAUGUCUUACUGCCGUCUCUUCGCGCUGGGACUAUAAAUACCGCGAAGUGAGAUGAAUAAUAUACGUAUAAUAUAAUAUCGUAUAAACUUUUGUAUGAUACGCACGGGCAUCCAUAUUACAUCCACGCCAGCUGCUGUAGUAAUUAUCCGUUAAGAAAAAUUCUUUUGAUAUCGAUAUUGUAUACGUAGAACGAUAACAAUUUAAUGUAGAUAUAAUAUAUACGCGAUCGAUGAAAUUGGCCGUGCCCUAAUUAAACGAAUGCGAUAUUACGAAUAAUCUCGAAUUGCUUCUGAAAAUCAAAAUAUCAAGAAAAUGUCCGAGUUUUAUUACCGUUGCGAAAAGAGCGUUGUUUUUAGAGUGUUUUCCUUUAAUCAGAGCACCGGCUGCCACAGCGAUAUAUACGUAGAUGGUAAAUAUGUACACGGGGUAUCCCUACGCGUAUCAUUAUCGCGCUUCCCUUCGGCUGCAGAUUCUUUGAAGGAUUCCGACUGAGUCAACUUUCCUUUAGCGCGAGAGAUUGAAAAGGAGGUAUAAUUACGGAGUUAGUUAACAUUGGAAUUAAAGGAUUUCGCCGUACCAAGGCUCAGCGGCGCACGUAGGAACUUUGUUCCCGGAUAAUUUUAAGGGCGAACUUCGCCCGGCGGAGAAAUAAUUUCAAGCUUAAUUAACGGAAUACUUAACUUUUAAUAUUAAAUAUCUGGACGAUUAAAUCUGAUAAUUAGGGGAGAUUAAAGUUCUUUCGGCAUUAACUGAUAAACAAAAUUGCGCUUCCAAACUCGUGACUGUUGAUACAGCAUCGUUUUUUGUUGUUGUUGAGAAACAAAUUUAAUUUAGGUUGGUUGACGAAACUUUAAAUGAAAUAACGGGAUAUCUCAAACUUGUGGAUACAUCUACACGAAAAUGUAGCCGCGCAGGGUCCCUUAAUACCGAACUUGUGUUUCACACGAUCGCUGUUGUAAAUAAUUAUGUAUAUUUCAUUGAUUAUAUAUAUAUCCUUCCCGUCCUAAUUCUUCCGAAUAGCUUCUUUCGCUAUCACUGCUAUCAGCGUGAAUACAUAUAUAUAUCGCUUCCAUGCAUUUCCCGUUAAAAGAAAAGGGGAUUGCCACACACAAUCGUACUUCGUAUCUGUAAAUAAAUAUAUAUUCACGGCAUAUAUACAUAAUAUACAUAAUAAUAUAACUUAACGAACGUCGCGUACUUCCAAGAUCAAUAAAAAAUGUAAGAUACUAAAGCGA